CACGCGCGAGCCCUGCAGACAUGCGUGGACUGGUGGUGCUGGUGCUCGCCCUGGCGGCCUGCGGCGUGACCGCCGCCCCCGGCAACCUGCUGGCCGCCCCCCUGGCCUACGCCGCCCCCGCUCCGCUGGUGACGGCGCACAGCUCGCAGGUGGUGGCGCAGAGGUUCCACGGUGUCGCCGCCCCCCUGGUGGCGCCCGCCCCCCUCGCCUACGCCGCCCCCUUCCACGUGGCCGCCCCCGCCGCCGCCUACCUGCUCAAGUGAGGCGGCCACACAGCAGUCCCCGUGAAGUGCUGCGGCCUCCAGUGUCAGUCACAGACGGAGAGAUCUCCUUUCAGCCUCUAGCAGCACGCUGCGCUUUUUUCUACUCUUAACUUAUAG